AUGGUAACUCCCGCCAAUGCAGGCGCCAAGCCUGACCCAGAGCUCUGGGGGGAGUACGCCGUUGGAGCCUUUGUCAUCGUUUUGCGAUUUGUCUGUCGGUGGCAAGUCAUCGGCUUGAGCAAUUUUGGCCUCGAGGAUAUCUUCAUGGCGGUCGCCCUCGCUGCUUACACUUGCAUCACUACCAUGAUUCACUUCAUCACCCGAUAUGGAGUGACCAUCGGCCAGACCCCCGAGUCGGUUAAGCUGCUACCGCCCGAGGUCAUCGAGAGCUUCGUCAUCGGCCAGAAGAUCACCUUUGCCGACUGGAUGCUUUAUCUUAUCUAUGUCUGGUCACUCAAGUCCGCCGUCCUUUCUCUGAUGCACAGACUGUCUAAAGGUCUGCGCGGGCCGGAGCUUAUCUGGAAGAUUGUCGCCGGCUACACUGCCGUGUCGUUCUUCGGGGCCAUUUUGACCAAAUAUAUGCGUGUGCCUCCCAGUUCACAAGUCGUGGCAGGUGGUACCUUAUCCUGGAGAGCGUACCUACUAACCCAAUUCGUCCCCCUCGGAACAGACCAGUGCGCUUUGCGUAACCUCAACUACUACCUCAUCACCUACUUCAACGCGAGCACCGACCUGGCCAUCAUCGCCCUGCCCACGCCCAUCAUCUUCAAGGCCAAGAUCCCGCUCUGGCGCCGCCUCCUACUGCUCGCCCUGCUGAGUUCGGGCGCCUUCACCGCCAUCGCCACCAUCCUCCGCGCCUACUACUCCCUGCAGGACCUGACGCUGCUCCCCGUCGCCGCGGGCUGGACCUCGCGUGAGACGUUUGUCGCCGCAGUCGCCGUCAGUAUCCCUGGUAUAAAGCCCAUCUUCAGCCGCUCCAACUGGUUCCGCAGCCGGUCCGGGACCGGCGACGGGUACCGCUACGGCAGCCAGGGCAACGAGCUGCGCACCAUCGGCGGAAGCGGGGGCCAGGCCAUCAGCUUCGGGUCCCAGGGCCCGAGCAAGUGGCCGGUCGCGGGGCGGAACAAGGAGAUCAAGGGAACGCGCCUGUCGUCCGAUGGCGGCAGCGAGGACAUCAUCCUCACCGGGCCCGGGGAUCAUCCGCGCUCCAUCAGGCAGGAAAACAGGGGAGUGUAA